AUGACUCGAGAGCGGUCGAGAGUUGAAAAGUUAUCUCAGGAACAGCUUCUGCAUAUCUGGGGUAAGAUAAUUGAUAGUUAGUAACUUGCUUUACAUUUUUAUAGUAAUGGCAAGUAAGGUUAUAUUAUAAACGGCUAAAUUUGAAAAAUUUAUACUUUUUAUAAGGUCUCAAGUUUAAAAAAGUUAAUAAUAUCUUAUUUUUUGUUUUAAAUGUAGUUUCCUUUUAAAAUUAAAAGUUAAUCAUAAAUAUUUUAGGUAAUAAAUCUUUGAGACGCUUUACAAUGAACAAUUUUAGUCCGACUAAUCACAAUAUUGGGACUAAACCUAAAGUACGUGUUUAGUUAGAUUUUUUUAUAAUUUUCAACUUUUUAUUUAAAAAGUCACUCAAAUUAACAUACAGCAGUUUAGGUAGCCACACCAGACGUAGUCGCCAAAAUUGAACAAUACAAAAAAGAAAAUCCGACUAUUUUCGCAUGGGAAAUUCGAGAACGGUUAAUUAACGAAGGUAUAGUGAAAUCACAUAAAUUCUAAAAAUUUUGUUUUUAUUGUCAUCUUAAUACUAUUUUACAUUUUACUUUUGCUAAAUGACAUUAUUGUAGCCGUAUGUGAACAACCGCCUAGUGUUAGCUCCAUCAACAGAAUCAUUAGGACGAAAACGGCUGAGAAAACAGCUGAAAGCCUAAGUUUGUUAUUAAAGAGCCACACCGCCUUAGGCUUUCAAAGAGGCAUCCACAAUGCAGAUAAUCAGAGCAAUGUUCAAAGUAAGUAGAUACUAAUAAAAAUAAUAAUGAACAGGAUAUUAUAGAUAUUAUAGCUUUAAUUUUUUUGAAAAGUUUAAACUGUAAACUUAAUUUCAGAUAAUGGAGUGAACUCGUUUCCUCUUCCGGCACUAUUACAACUACAGGCUUUGCUAUACAAGAACACGGCCAAUCAAUGUAAAUACUCUUUGUUCUCAACACCACGACGAUGUUCUCGAAGCAGUUUUUCUGCUGGUAAGUUUUUUAAUCGUCAAAAUUAACCGUAAUCCACGGUUAAUUUUUUUCUUUUAAAUAGUUUUUUGUGUAAAAUGAAAAUUUUGUUCUAAAAAGUUUAAGUUACAACUUGUAUGACAUUUUUGCACCAAAAAGACUCUUUAAAACUUGAAAUUUCAGACCAACUCCAUAUAUUAGAAGAAUCCUUUGACAAGAAUCAGUACCCGACGUUGGAAGAGCGUCAACGAUUGUAUCACCUUACGACUAUUCCAGAUGCCAGAAUCCAGGUUUGGUUUUCUAAUCGGAGGGCUAAGUCUCGUCGUAUCAAUCAAGAUAAACAACAACUUAAGAGUACUAAUGUUGUUAACAAACCUUCGUUUACACAUUGUUUUACUAUUGAAAGUCUGCUGAACGGUGAAGUCAAAGCUUCUUAUGAUUAA